AUCCUUUUCACUCUCCCCUCAAAUGUGAUUUGAUUAAAACUCGUCGCACGCGCAAGUCGCAUAUCGUACGAUGACGUUCGCGAUGAUAAAAUGAAUCUUCCAAGUAGCGACGCUUGCGCGUUUAUCGGUCGGGGAAUGCCGCGCUUCCGGAGUCGUGAUGAAUCACUUAGGGGAUAGUCACGUGUUUUGCACUAUUUAUCAUCAUCAUCAUCAUUCUCGUCUAUACACUUGUACGGAGGAGAGCUACGCUCUUGUCCGUGCGAGACUUUACUCGCGUACGUCGAGGUUGCGAGAUGGUGAAAAUUACAUUUUAUUGUAGCAGCGUCUAAUUCGUAAACCGUCACUUCUACGCAGUUUCAAGAAAUGUUGAAAAGACAAACCUGAGAUCGAUCUUCGUCAUUUAGCAAGCAAUGGAUCCAUCGACGCCUGGCCAAAGUAACACGACAGGAAACGUCGACAAUAUCGAUGGCUGCAGCUAUGACGACAGAGAAAGGUUGAUCAAACCUAGAAAUAAUUUUGCGUCAUACUCCAACGAGAAUAUCGACGUGCGAUUUCGACACAGUGUUAAUGCGAAUAUCAGUGUAGAGGCUAUCUCGGGUCAGCACAGAAGAUUAAAUAUCACGGAUGUGAUUCCAGGAGCAACCAACUUCCUAUCAACCAAUUACGAGAGCCUGGACUACGAUCCUUGUGAAAAUAAUCUUUUGCAGGAUGAAGAAAGGAGCAAGGGAUACAAGUUCGUUGUCAGGAAGAAUUUCGCCAGAUGGUUUAUCUUCCUCCUAAUUGGAAUUUGUACCGCUCUCAUAGCGUGCUUUGUAGAUAUAUUCAUUGAGGAGUUGUCCAGUUUAAAGUACGGCUGGCUCAAGAAAUAUGUGGACCAAUGUGUGGUGGAAGGCUGCCUGUGGUUGCCAUAUUUUAUAUGGGUAUUGCUAAAUAUAGGACCGGUUUUAAUAGGUGCCAUUUUAGUAGCCUAUGUUGAGCCCGUUGCCGCGGGAAGCGGUAUUCCGCAGGUAAAAUGUUACUUGAAUGGAGUUAAAAUACCGCGAGUUGUGCGUAUUAAGACUUUGGCUGUGAAAACCAUAGGUGUUAUAUGCACCGUAGUCGGAGGCCUAGCUGGAGGCAAGGAAGGUCCUAUGAUUCACUCCGGUGCGAUUGUAGCCGCGGGAAUUUCUCAGGGCAAGAGCACCACUUUUAAGAAAGAUUUGAAAAUAUUCAAAUACUUCAGAGAGGAUCAUGAAAAGCGAGACUUCGUGUCUGGGGGCGCCGCGUCCGGAGUAUCGGCCGCUUUUGGAGCUCCAAUUGGCGGAGUUUUGUUCAGUAUAGAAGAAGGAACCAGCUUUUUUAAUCAGAGUCUUACUUGGAGGACGUUUUUCGCUAGUAUGAUUACCACAUUCACUUUAAACGUGGUCCUGAGCGCGUAUCACGGACAUCUCGGCGACCUCUCGUAUCCGGGUUUAUUGAAUUUAGGAAAAUUCGAAUCGAUGCCAUAUCAGAUCUACGAAAUUCCUCUGUUUAUGAUAAUGGGCACGUUUGGCGGAUUACUCGGCGCUCUUUGGAAUCACCUCAACUACAAGAUCACAUGUUUUCGUUUGCGGUUCAUAAGGCAAAAGUGGCUGAAAGUCGUCGAAGCUAUUCUGGUUGCGAUAAUAAGCGCGACAAUGGGAUCGCUGAUGAUAUACUUCGUAAACGACUGUAAACCAUUGGGUAACGAUCCUACCAAGUUCCCGGUUCAAAUGUAUUGCGGGGAAGGAGAAUACAGUGCCGUUGCCGCUUUGUGGUUUCAGACUCCCGAGAGCAGCGUGCGAUCGUUGUUUCAUGAUCCUAAAGGAUCUCAUAACGAUAUAACGCUGGCCAUAUUUAUUGUGUUGUAUUUCUUCCUCGCUGCCGCUACAUUCGGUCUCUCGAUGUCAAGUGGCCUUUUUAUUCCCUCCCUGCUAAUCGGAGCCGCAUGGGGUAGAUUAAUCGGAUCGGGUCUCUUGAAGAUGUGCCCAGAUUGUGAAGUAUUAGACCCCGGCAAAUAUGCUUUGUUAGGUGCUGCCGCACAAUUAGGAGGAGUGGUCAGAAUGACAAUAAGUCUAACUGCGAUAUUGAUAGAAGCCACACAGGGUAUAUCCUUCGGUCUUCCUGUGAUAAUAGUCCUCAUAAUGGCAAAAUGGGUCGGCGAUUUCUUUAACGAGGGAAUUUACGAUAUUCACACACAAAUGGCUGGAAUCCCGUUACUUCCAUGGGAACCACCUCCGUUGUCAAAUAAUAUCUACGCGAGUGAGAUAAUGAGUCAUCCGGUGGUAUCUCUAAAAACCGUUGAAAACGUAGGACACAUUGUCGAACUUUUAAAAUGUGUUACCUUUAACGGAUUUCCCGUGGUCGAUCCACCAAGCAGUGAUCAGGCUGAAAUAAAUUCCUACGCACGAUUCAGAGGUCUAAUAUUGCGUUCCCAAUUAAUAGUGCUCUUAAAAUACAAGUUAUUCAACGAAUACAUAGACGUUUGGGAUAAACCUUUGAGCAUAAAAAUAUUUAGAAACGAGUAUCCGCGAUAUCCAACCAUUGAGCAAAUAGCUAUCACAGAUGAGGAAAAAACGUUUACAAUAGAUCUGCGUCCUUUCAUGAAUCCCUCGCCCUAUACGCUUCAACAUUCCGCAACACUGCCAAGAACAUUCAGACUCUUCAGGGCGUUAGGAUUACGUCAUGUACCGGUGGUAAACGACACAAACGAGGUGAUCGGUAUAAUUACGAGAAAAGAUGUUGCCAGAUUCAGAAUAUGGAAACAUCGAGGAAGAAUGGGAUUGGAUGAACUUUUUAUCACUAACAAGAUUUGAGUUUUAUCAUGUUUGAUAUCGUGAUUUUGCCAAAGCUUUUUAUAUUUCAACAUGUUCUGUUGCGUUGCAUAAGUUACAAAAAUUUAUUUUUUUACAGUAGACAUAUCUUGAACAUAUGUACAUACGCAUAUGCUGAUAUAUAUUGCUAGUGAGAUUAGAAAAAACAUUUACAGCAGAACGUGCACAAAUUUGUCUCUUUUGUGACAGAAUAUAUUUAAAAAAAAAAUAUAUAUAUAUAAAUUUUUUAAAGCUUCGUACGUAUGUGUAAUAUAAAGAUAUUAUGUACGUGCAAGUUCAAUACUCGUAGCAAUGCUCAUGAGUUGUAUAUUGCCCGCCCAAAGUAUUAGAAGAUUUUAAUUGUUAACAAACAAUUCCCACCCAAGCCAUGACCAAAGUUUAAAAAA